CUCUGUGUCUCUCUUUUUUUUGUUGUUGUUGAAUACAAAUGCCUAAUGAGUGUGGCAAUCCUCUUUUACGUGAUUGGGUAAAAGAGUGGAUGGACAAUGCACAAGCACUUCAAAGCAAGGCUUACUUUACUUAUAAAAAGGCUUAUAAUUCGCUGUGCAAAUGUCCAGUGAGUUUUAGUCAUCCUUCAGAAGCUUCUAAACUAGACGGAAUAGGUCCAGGCAUGGUAAAGAAACUAGAGGCCUGUAUGAGAGAACAUUGUAAAGAAAAUGGAAUACCUAUGCCUGAGCUUCCUGGUCAAAGCAGAAAACGAAAAGCAGUAUCUGACGAAACAGAAGAUGCAGAAACCAGUACUCGACCCACGAAACCUAAGCGUACUCCCAAACCGUAUGUACCUGCGUAUCGUACAGGUGGUUAUGCUAUCAUGCUUGCCUUGCUUGAUUUUCAUCAGGUAGGACAAUCCAGUGUCACUCGAGAACAGAUUUGUCGUAUUGCUCAAGCUCAUUGUGAUACUUCUUUGACAUUAGCCGAUCCAGGCAAGUCUUAUACAGCAUUCAAUAGUAUCAAGACCUUGUGUGAUAAGGGAUAUGUUUGGCGAAAUGGUAAACCAGCCAAGUUUCAAUUGACGGAGACAGGCAUUGCUUUAGCAGAAAGACUCAGGCAAGUCAGUGCUGCAGAAAAAGACGACAAUGUUGAUGACGAUGAGACUGAUUUGAGUCUGUAUUCUCAAAACCCUUCUACAACACGUAACUCCAACAGGUCAGCGUUAUCAAAUACACCAGAGACUAUUUCUUCUCGAGCAGACAUCAUGAACGCACUCGCUAUGCCAUCCACGGACUCAGAACCUAAAAAAAGAAGAUCAAACAAAGGCAAAUCUGCAACCAGUGCUUAUUUAGAUGAUUUGCUCGAACGAAUGGACCAGCAAGCAUCGAAUGAAACCAACAUGAGUCUCUAUGUACUGCAUCCUAGUAAACACACAGGUCUCACUGUGAACGGCAAGACAGUCACCAACACGGCAACAACAUUUGCAAAGCCCAAACUAAAAGCCCAAAGCAACCCUAGUUCAUCUAUCACCAACUCGUUUGCCCAAGGAGUCGUGCAAGACAAAGAUGACAAUGAUUUCAAUGACUUGAUGUCUCAUUCAGCCAAGAAGCCUGUAAACCAUAAACGACAUUUCAAUGUAGACGAAUUUCAAAUAGACCUAUCGCCUUCUUCUUCUUUACCGAGUUUCAAUUCAACCAUGGCAGAUACCAAUGAUAUUGUGGAUCUCUUGUCGUCGCCUGAACCUUCCCCUCCCUUACCAGCUAAAGACUCAUUUGACCAAGACUAUUUCCCGCUUUCUCAGCCCCGUACAAAGACUGUUCUUCACGAUACAUUUCACUAUACUUUUCUAGAUGCAGAAAACCAGCCUGUGCGUCAUGCAUCUAAAGCAACGGUUGAUGUAGAUGAAACGCAAGCGAGUCUAUCUUAUCUUGUUCAGUUUUAUGCUAAACAGGCCAAUCAUCCAAAAGCAGCGCAUGUCCAUAAACAACGCAAAGAAGGUGAUCUUAUCACAGGUUAUAUGAAUCAAGAUCACAUUGACACAGUGUGCCCUGGAUUACCUGCUACACCUGUCUUGUGCUUACACCAAGAAGACAAUACAGAAGACACUUUUUGGCCUGUCAGUAAUAGACCGUAUUCCCCCACAGCACUGUCGAUCGAGUCCUCACAACCCUCGGAUCUAAGCUCACAAGCAUUCUUUCCACAAGCGUCUCAGCUCAAGACAGAUUAUCAUGCACUUGUCAACAAGGCGUUUAUGGAACCCAUGUUUCCUCAUGAAUAUGACAUUGUGUUAGUUGUCGAUAGUCGAGAGAUUCAAAUGAAAGGAAACCGAGACUACUUUGAAAAGAACUUGACUGCUAAAGGUAUUCAGUGUAUAACAAGGUCUAUGGAUUUAGGCGAUGUGAUCUGGAUUGCACGUAAAAAGGAGAGUCCGUCUGAAGAAUUGUUUCUGGAUUAUGUGGUUGAGCGUAAACGACUGGACGAUUUAGUCAGUAGUAUCAAAGACGGUCGAUUUACUGAACAAAAGAUGCGGCUCAAACGAUCAGGAGCUGAAAAGAUCAUGUACAUUAUAGAAGAAUAUAACCGAGAAGAAGCAGAACGGUUUGGUGCACAAGCUAUUCAGACAGCCAUGUCUGCCACUCAAAUUAUAGAAGGUAUCUUUCUUAAGCGUACCAACAGCAUUGAUGAGACGAUUGACUAUCUUGUGUCUGCCACGAAACUAAUUCAAAAGAUAUACCAAAACACGACACUGUAUUCUAUUCCAGGCCAUAUCAUCACUCGACAAAACUACCUAGAAUUAAAAGCAGCAUGUCGCCAAAAAGCAAAGAAAUCCAACGAGAAAUCAGCUUAUCUCGUCAGUUAUUCACUCUACAAUCAAUUGAAUGCCAAGAAUGGGUCAACCAGUUUACAUGAAAUUUACUUGAAAAUGUUGAUGACGAUUCGUGGUGUGAAUGCAGAGCGGGCAUUGGCAUUAAUGAAAGUAUAUCCUACACCCAAAUCUCUAUUAGAAGCAUUUAAAGGCAUGUCGCCCGAGAAAGGAAAAGUGCUAGCUAAAAAUGUGACGAAAGGCAAUAUCAGUCGAAGAAGAUGGGGCAUUCAAAUCAGUCAAAGGUUAUAUGAUACUUGGGGUGCUUUCACUUAUAGGAAAGACACCGAUAGUGACGACGAUCAUCAAGUAGACGAACAAGGCGAAGAAGAAACCAUGUUUCUAGAAUAAAUU